AUGCCGACGCCCCGCGCCCGGCCGCGGCCUCGAGAGGGAAGGGGCGGGGGAGCGGCGGGUUGUGCUUCCGGGCCGGCAUUUUCGGUUCGGAGGAGGCGGGAAAUGGCGGCCGGGCCGCCCGAGCGGCGGGACGCGCGGGUGCGCUGCUGCUCGCGGCGCGGCCUGGACGAGGUGGUGGGGCUGUGCGCGCCCUUCCUGCGGGACCUGGCGCGGGGGCAGCCGGGCGGCGCCGCAGCCGAGGAUGACGCGAUCUGGAACUUUGAGGCAGCAGUGAGAGAGAAUGUUACCAUCAAUGGGCAGCCCUGGGCAGAGACAUCAGCCGACUCUGAACCAAACAGUGCCAACAUCAAAAUUCUUGAAGAUCAGCUUGAUGAACUGAUAGUAGAGACAGCAACCAAACGUAAGCAGUGGCCUAAGAAGAUACUGGUGCAUGCUAUCCAGACCAUGAAAGCAGAGCAAGAGAUGUUGAAGCUCUACCAGCCUGUCGUAACGCCAGAAGAGAUUAAAUCACAGCCUUCUCAAGGACUGCGUGCACCAUCUGAUGUGGUGUUCUUCUGCAGGCAUGGUGACACCCUACAGACAAAUGCUGGUGAUGCUUACAUCGCAGAUCUGAAGCAGGUGACCGAAAUGGCAUCCGAGCAGAUUGGUGAGGCAAUGAAGUCUCUCCCAGCCCUAAUAGAAAGAGCAGAAGGUUUUUCCCAAGCGUUAACUUGGCAACCAACCUUGGAACUCUGCAAACUGCGUCAAGAAGUCUUCACUGGUUGUAAUGCAAAGGAAGAAAAUAGUGUCCAAAACUUUGUAUCACCAGCAGAAGUCACACCAACAGAUGCUGAUACCACUAACAAUCCUUACACUUUGUUCAAAAGAAAAAAAGCUGCAGAUACACCACAGAGAAGAUACUAUCCACUUCGACGGAGGAAAAUUACCCUCAGCACAUAGAUUUCUCACUUGGAAUUUCAAGAUAGGAGAUUCAGAAAUAUUCUUGUUCAGUGUAUUCAGUUUAAAAAAAAAAA